UCGAUGCCGUACAACUGCCAGUUAUGUGUGAGGCGGAAAGUCAAAUGUGACAGAACCGUGCCGACAUGUUCAUCCUGUGUCAAAUCUAAACAAAAAUGCGUCUAUCAGGCCCCGCCAAAGCCACGAAGGAGGAAGCGUAGGCACGAUGAGACUGAAGCUUCCUCCACCCCUGAAGAAGAUCUUCAUGAGCGCCUCGCUCGUUAUGAACACAUACUACGAGAAAACGGCCUUCUUGAAGUGGGAGAGGACCAACCACCCGGUGAGACUAUGAAUAAGGCCAAGCCAGGAAGACUCGUCUCAGGGGACGGGAAAUCGCGAUACAUCGAUAGCACGCUUUGGCUUGACACUGGCAUGGACGACAUACAUGAACUUUCCGACGAUGCAGAGGGCCCGCAUGAUCUCAACCUGGGUCCCUCGUCCUUCAUGCACAGCUAUGAUCCGGUCUCUGCCGCCCUACUAGGGAUCUCGCAGAACCUUCUCGAGUUCCAUCCCAGUCACGAACACGCGAUGAAGCUCUGGCAGACCAAUGUCCAUAACGUGCAGCCGCUCUGCAGGAUAUUACACGUUCCGACUACAACCCAAAUGGUCACCUCGAUUUCGAGACAACCGUCAACGGCCACACGGGCACAGGAAUGUCAGCUUUUCGCCAUAUAUCAUUUUUCCAUCUACACCUUGAGCGACGAGGAUUGUCUACGUGAUUAUUCUGAAUCACGAAGUGUGUUGUUGACCAGAUAUGAACAUGCCUUGCGGCAGGCGCUCGUCAACGCAUCGUGGCUCAAGACCACAGAGAUGCCGAUCAUGCAAGCCUACAUGCUGUUCCUGAUCUGUGGGCGCUCCUAUCUGGAUCCACAUACGUUUUGGAUGCUUACUGGUAUCGCGGUCCGCAUUGCCCAGCGCAUGGGACUGCAUCGUGACGCCGAGAGCCUCGGUUUACCUCCCUUUGAGGUUCAAAUGCGGCGACGCCUCUUUUGGCAACUGGUCCCUCUCGAUGGGUUCGCUGGUCAGCACUCAGGUACCGGCAUCAGCAUGCCGCCUAACACGUGGGAUGUUAAGAAACCGCUGAAUCUCGACGAUGAUCAGAUCUAUCCUGGCAUGACGCAGCAGCCUGAAGAGGUCAAGGGCGCCACUGACAUGAUAUAUGUCCUUAUGCGAGUGGAGCUCUCAAAUUUCUACUCCCGAAAGGCAUUGCGUUGGAAAUCCGGAGGUGCUGGGCCCAGCGUCCACCUGAGGACAAGUGGGGAUGGUAUUGAACUGGUCGAUCAAGUCGAAGCGGCCAUCGAGGACAAGAUUCUUCGAUACUGCGAUGUCAUCAACCCUCUUCAUUAUCUCGUUAUGUUAAUCGUCAGGUCUGCUGCAAAUAUAGUGCGCCUACGUAUACAUAUGACGCCUCUGAUGAACAGCCACGCGAUCAGCGACGCUAGGAGACGCAAACUCUACGAACUUGCACAGAGGAUCCUCGAUGUAGACAACGCGGUAUAUCGUCACCCGCAGCUGCAAUGCUGGCGGUGGCAGGUCAAGGAGUUUUUUCUCUGGGAUGCACUCAUCUGUAUCCUUACCAGCCUCGCGAAGCCGGGUUUCUUCUCGCGUACAGAACUGGAUGCGGCAUGGGCCAAGGUGGGCGAGACCCUCACCAACCACCCGGAGAUUACCGGAUCAAGACGGCCUGUGUAUAGUGCUGCUUGGAAGGCCUUGAUCGAGGCCUGGGAGGCCAAUCCGCCGAGCAACUCAGACCCUGAGCCCAAGUAUAUCAUAGAGUUGAAGCUGAACCGGAGCAAGGUGAAGAGGGUCCCGACAAGCCAGACCCGCGAUGUGACGAGUGGAAGAUCAGAUAUUGAGGCCGUGGCACCCCUGGACUCGACCAUUUCCAACUGGAACGAGGCCAGCUUGGACACCUUCAGCGGAUAUAGCCCCGGCGUCGCAGAUUGGGUGUUUUGGGACCAAUUUUUCCAGAAUGCUGUUGCCAAUCGUGACUAGCAGUUUACUUGGAGUCUCCUCCAGAAUUCUGUACUCAGCAGCUACGAGAGCCUGUCCCUUCCCUCUCUUCAACACACCUCGUCUUGAACCCAACCACAGCCGCAACGCGACGUGCUCGGAAAUGCAUUGUGCAUUUGAUGAACAAUGGUAAAAAGCUAGGCUGUCAGUGAGCCCUGUAGGGGUGGACUCUGACAAGAUUGAUUGGUGGCUACUAGCUGAAUCACCGGAUCGUCUCUAGCUCCUUCACAUAGGACAGGAGCACUUGGGGGGAAAAAAAUAAGAAGAAUGAAGGUAUAAGGAGAGGAGGGAGAGUGAUGAUGCAACCCUACAAAUGGAGCGCAAUUAAAUUACAGGUGAUCUUAAGCACAAGGAGGUUGUAAUGCAAACGAUGCAAAUUC